UCUAUGAAGUUUUCGAUGCUACAUCGACAGAGUCAUGCGCAACAUGUUUUCUUACGCGUCACUUCUUUUCGUACUUGUCACAGUCACGGCAAAACCUGAUCCUAAUGAAUAUGCAGAAGACCCCAAACAUUUUCGUGACCAGAUCCUUUCAAAGAUGAUAAAUCUAAAUAAAACUAUACACGUUCUGAUGAGAGACUAUCACCUCAACACCACUUACGACUGUCUCUCGGCCACGCAAGAUAAAAAGAUUUCUGAGAACAUCUACACAUAUAAUUUGACGGCCAGAAUAAUUAGGAACCGUACAUUAGUUUCAUACCCGGUUAACAUCACUGCAAUGACAACUGGCAAGCAUAGAUAUCCAAACGAUGCAGUAUACGAAGAAUAUCCAGGUGAAGGACCAAUAGAUCACAAACUGAUGACGAUGGACUACAGCCGCACUUGCUUCGUCUUUGCUGUAAAUCGUUCAGAAGGAUACAGGUGCAUGUUCGUAAUAACCGACGGCGUCAGUGAUCCUCGGUACCCUCCAAGGAAAUGCGAACGUGUAUACAGGAGGUACUGCGGCCCUCGAAGUAUCGUACUCUGGAAGGAGGAUUGUAAGACGGCAGUAUCUAAGCAUUAGGUAGAGCUAUACCGAUAGUUCUUCCUAAUAACCCUAUUUAUACAGUAGACACGUGGUAAUAAAAGCACAU